ACCUCCGCCCGCCCGCUCCGCCCCUCACCGCCGCGGCGGCUGCGCGAAGCGGGGCGGCCCCAGCGGCCCUCCCGGGCCCGCUCCCCGCCCCGGGGCAGCCCGUACCCGCGCCGCCAUGCUGCCCAACACGGGGAAACUAGCAGGAUGCACUCUCUUCAUCACAGGCGCAAGCAGGGGCAUUGGCAAAGCCAUUGCUUUGAAAGCUGCCAAGGAUGGUGCAAACAUUGUGAUAGCUGCCAAGACAGCUGAGCCCCAUCCUACUCUUCCAGGGACUAUCUACACUGCUGCAGCAGAGAUUGAGGCGGCUGGAGGAAAGGCUUUGCCAUGCGUUGUUAAUGUGAGGGAAGAACAGCAAAUUAUUAAUGCCGUGGAGAAAGCUGUGAAGACUUUUGGAGGGAUUGAUAUUUUGGUGAACAAUGCAAGCGCCAUCUCUUUGACUGGCACUUUGGAAACAGAAACGAAGAAGGUCAAUCUUAUGAUGGAUGUCAAUGUACGAGGAACCUACCUUACGUCUAAAACAUGCCUUCCCCACUUGAGGAAGAGUAGGAACCCCCAUAUCCUGAACCUCAGCCCACCUAUGAAUCUGAAUCCCAUGUGGUUCAAAAAUCAUUGUGCUUAUACUAUUUCUAAAUAUGGGAUGUCCAUGUGUGUCUUGGGAAUGGCAGAAGAAUUUAGAGGAGAGGUUGCUGUCAAUGCUUUAUGGCCUAAAACAGCCAUACAUACAGCUGCUAUGGAUAUGCUCGGAGGACCUGGAAUAGAAAAACAGUGCAGGAAAACUGACAUCCUUGCAGAUGCUGCAUAUUGCAUUUUAACAAAACCAAAAAGUUUCACUGGAAACUUCAUUAUUGAUGAAGUUCUGCUGAGAGAAGAAGGAGUUAAGGAUUUUGAUGUCUAUGCAAUUGCACCAGGUCACCCCCUGAUGCCUGACUUUUUCUUGGAUGUUGCAACUGACAUGACAGCCAUGAAACAAGAAAGAUAUGGUGCUUCCCAAGCAUUCAAAGAAGAGAGGAAAUUAAGCGGAUCCCAGCAUGAAGGACCAGGUGGAGCUACGGUUAACACAGAACCUGUGGCUCCAGCCAAGCCGUUGAGUCCUGUUGCAGAAACAUUCAGAGUUAUUCAGGGGGCAGUGAGCGAAGAGUAUGUGAGAAGUACUCAGGGUGUCUUUCAGUUUGAAUUAUCUGGUGAUGACGGAGGCACUUGGUACAUCGACCUGAAAACCAAGGGCGGCAGCGCCGGUUUUGGAAAGCCUCCUGUGACGGCCGAUGUGGUUAUGAGCAUGUCGAGUGCCGACUUUGUGAAAAUGUUCACAGGUAAACUAAAGCCAACCCUGGCCUUCAUGUCAGGAAAAUUAAGGAUUAAAGGUAACAUGGCGCUAGCAAUAAAGCUCGAGAAGAUGCUGACACAGCUCAACUCUAAACUGUGAGGGGAAGCCGUUACUAGCGCAACAGUGGCCUUUCAUAUAUAACUGCAACGCUGUUUUAAAAUGGUACUCCUCGUUUUUCUCUGAUGCAAUAUAAUAAGUAUGGAUAAAAUGUGAGAUUUUAAAAAAAUAACUCCAUCUAAUGAAGACAAGAAACUGUUUGUGAUUAAACUAACUUCUCAAGAAUACAAGUAUUAGGUUCCAGGUGUUUUUUUUACUUCUGCUCCUCUGGAUCAAUGCAGGACACCUGAAGUGAGUUUCUUCCCACAAUGUUGCUUGCACACGUCCCAUAAAAAAGGGGGAGCAAAUGUCACCCUGCAGACCUGUUUCUGUGAUAGAAGUGCCAUGCAGAGAUUCCUGAGCUGGCUUAGAAGUGGAAGCAAUACAGUCAAUUUAGCAGGGCCCCAAUUACCCUAGUAAAUGGACAUCUCAAAUUUUUUUUUUUUUUUGCUUUCCUGAGUUUAUUACCUCCACUAGUUCUUAUACCUCUGUAUUGCACUGAGUUAGGCUGUAGAGACAUACCGAGUGAUCCUGACUGCCACAGACAAGGUACUGCCUUCCACAGCACCUUCAUGUAGCAUUACAAGGAUUAACCUACAUCACUGCAGCCAGCCACUUCCCCUUCCUUCCCUUUGGCAGGUAAAGAUUGAAGCUCACUUGUGAAAGGACACAUGCCCCCACUCUCUAAGUGGACAAGUGCACACAUGGUCUGUAACUUGUGUGACGGCAUCCGGAAAGCCCGAUGCACUAACAUCUUAAAAUGUUUAUUCAGUGUCCCCAAAAGGACUGCCCAGAAUUUAGAGCAUUUUACUCUGCUAAGCAAGCUGAGAAGCUUGCAAGACUUAGGAUUUAUUUAAUUCACUCAGAGGUCCAAUAGUUUACAAGUUUUUAAAGCAUGUGCUCAUCUAAAAUUGCUUAUGACCUGUAUUGUGAAGGUCGCAUCUUUAUCGCUUCCAUUGCAGUUGAAUUCUGGUAAUAAGACAGAAAAUGUCAAAUUCA